CUUUGCUGACUAACAAAUUUGGCAUUUUUUUUUCCAAUUUUGAACAGAAAUAUGUCUUUUUUAAAAUUAUUCCUAAUUAAGUGCUUUUUAGCCAUACUUUUUGGAUUUCUCUUUGGACAUAAUUAUAUGGUGAUAUACCAUGUUUUUACCGGGUUGAUUGUUCUGAUUUUUGGGCUAAAGAAAUUGCGCAGUUUCAGAAAUGCGUUUAAUCGCCCAAACUCGGUAAGAAAUGAAGAGAGAAUAGAGCAAGCAAAGCAGGUAAGUGGCCAAUACUUCUGAUAAUAGUUACUAUAUUAAGCCUUUGCAUUUUAUAUGUUCUGUUUAGCUGUUAGUAAACUAUAACUCUCGCUCAGUUCUGACUGUGCAGGGACAAUCCAACAAUAGGAUAGAGCCAACAGUUUGGUGUUAUUUAACCAUAUUUGAUACAUAUUUUGGAAGGGAUCACUUUGCUUGUUGGGUAAAAACCGAACUAUAGGACAUUUAUUGCAUGUGUUGCAUUUAUGGGCUUUAAGGGUUUAACAGAUUCCCCUAUUCUCUUGAAUCUGCAGGAACUCAACAUUGCCUCGGAUGAGAAACUUAAUGACAAGUUUUUGGAAUUCACUGAUAGUGAGACCAAUUUUGUGAACAAGAUCUUUACUGACUGCUGGCCACAAGUUGUACAGUUUGUGAAUCGGUAUAUUAAAUAUGAUUAUGAGCAUUUCCUGCGCAUGACUGUCCCUGGGCUGUCGUCCCUAAUAAUACACCGCGUCGACCUAGGCAAGAAGGUCCUGAAAGUAACCGGGUUGGCACUGGAUUGGACAACAGACAGACGGCGCCUCUCCAUCGAUGCAAACUUUGAAUUUAAUGGAGAUGCCAUGCUCAGAGCUUCGCUCGCAAAGAAACUGCUCAGAUUCGGAGCAAAGGGACUUCUGUUAAAGGGAAGGUUCCGAAUCUUUAUAGAGCCAAUCCUGAACAGAUCGCCAUUUGUUGGAGCAAAUACAGUUUACUUCCCCGAAGAACCGGAGCUUCAUAUUAUUAAAUUUACGGGCCUUACAAGACUUGCCAAUCCCUCUAUAAUAAAAAAGUUCAUACACAAAAUGAUCAUGGAUAUAAUCAGAAUGAGUCUGAUUAAGCCAAAAUCCUAUUGCUGUCCAAUGGAGCUCGGUUUCAGAACGGAAGAGCUGAACUAUACAAGGACAAUGAAUAUAUUCCGUAUCUAUGUUUUGGAAGCUGAGGGUUUUAGAUCUGAGGACUUCAUGCCAGAAACCCUCAAUUCUUAUGUUGCCGUAAGCAGUGCCAAGCAAAAGGCAAGAACAAGUGUGGCCAACAACAGCCUUAAUCCAACAUGGCACCAGGCAUUUGAGAUGGCAUUUAAUGACAUCCCAGAGCAAGAGAUUGAAUUCCGGCUCUUUAAUGACAGACUGAUUAAGCAGUUGCUGGGCAGCUGCAGAAUCAGCGUGGAUCAGUUGAAGAAACAUGCAAACCUGGAUAUGUGGCUCCCGCUGGAUAAUGUGGCCCCUGCGAGGCUUCACAUUAGGAGUCAGCGGCUCAGACUUGUUACUGACCGUGCCGAGCUUAGGAAGGUUCUGCUGGGGAACCAAAGGUCUCAGACUAUACAGAUAAAAGAAUUUUCCUCAGCGCUCCUCAAUGUGCAUGUAGAGAAAGGCAAGGACAUCAAGUUACCGACUGGAAACAAGCCAACAACCCUUACAGAGCUCCAUGUCAGGGAUAUGAAGGAACUCACCAUGUUUCAUAUACAAACCAGUGAUCCGCAUUGGAACCAGUCUUACAGCUUCCUAAUUAAGGACCCUCAUACGGAGAAAUUGGAAUUAGUGGUAAAAGACAGGCACUACGGGCCCCUGGGCUCUAUAUCUGUGCCCAUCUCUAAACUCCUGAAGGCAAACAAUCUCAGUAUCACAGACUGGUAUGAGCUCUGCCCGUCUGAGCCUCGCGGUGCUAUACUGGUUAAACUGGAGUUGUGGAUUUUGGUUCCACCAAAUGGUGAAACCCAGGAAUCCAAAGUUCCCAGCUCUCAGCAGCCUCAAUGUAAGGAUGUGAAUAAGCGAAGAGCUGGCCCCAGGCUGCGUAUAAAGAGACGACUCCCUUUUAGGAAAAAGCUGCGCAAACCAAAGAGAUUUCCCAAAGCAGCGACCGUCACAGAGACAACCAAUGCCACUGAACAACCAGAACUACGGAGAGAGACAAAUGGACCUGUUACUUCCACAGAACCUGGACAGGUUGGGAAGAAGACAAUACAACAGAAAGGGAAGGAACUUACAGGAAAACUCCUACAAACAAUAAGAAGAUCGGUCUGCAGAGUGUGCCUUCCACAGCAGCAACUAAAGGCCAAGUGACUUUUACAUGAUUUCAAUUCAUGACGGCAGAUCUGAGACUUUUAUUACGUACCUCCUGAUUGUGCUGAUUACGUCAAAAUGCCCCCAAAAGUGGGAGGGAUCUUGGGUGGAUUGGGGGCAUUAAUCGGCAACUACAGUUCUUUUGUCUACACAACUUGGAGAAGACAUUGCUGUUGGGACAUCUUAAUUGGAUCGUAUCAACAGUUUCAUUUUGAUGUACAAUCUUUGGGAACUGUAUUGUUUUUUAGCAGUCAGGAACCGUUUUUGAAUGUACUGUAA